UUGUGGUCGCGUGAAGUGAAAUUGCAGCAGUCAUCGAAUCUGCCAAAGAUUAACAGAGUGCUAAAGAAGAGGAAAACACGUUUCUGUUGCUGUUCCUAAUCUGGGUGCAGUAAAAGUAGAAAGUUUUAAAUUGGAUUGCCUUCUGAAAUUGAGUAGCCUGAAAACGCAUUAAAAUGGUUAACUUCACCGUUGACGAAAUCCGUUCCAUGAUGGACAGGAAACGGAACAUCCGUAACAUGUCCGUCAUUGCCCAUGUCGAUCACGGAAAGUCCACGCUGACCGAUUCGCUGGUCUCCAAGGCCGGUAUUAUCGCCGGUGCUAAGGCUGGAGAGACCCGGUUUACCGACACCCGCAAGGACGAACAGGAACGGUGCAUUACGAUCAAGUCGACUGCCAUCUCUAUGUUCUUCGAGUUGGAGGAUCAGGAUCUUGUGUUCAUUACGAACCCGGAUCAGCGCGACAAGGACUGCAAGGGCUUCUUGAUCAAUCUGAUCGAUUCGCCCGGGCACGUCGAUUUCUCGUCGGAAGUAACAGCUGCGCUGCGUGUCACUGACGGUGCCUUGGUCGUCGUCGAUUGUGUUUCCGGUGUGUGCGUACAGACCGAAACCGUACUGCGUCAGGCUAUCGCCGAACGUAUCAAGCCUGUUUUGUUCAUGAACAAAAUGGACCGUGCCCUGCUGGAGCUGCAGCUGGAUGCUGAAGAUCUGUACCAGACCUUCCAGCGUAUUGUUGAAAACGUCAACGUCAUCAUUGCCACGUACAACGACGAUGGCGGUCCAAUGGGAGAGGUCCGUGUCGAUCCAUCCAAGGGUUCGGUCGGCUUCGGUUCCGGUCUGCACGGAUGGGCGUUCACUCUCAAGCAGUUUGCUGAGAUGUACGCCGCUAUGUUCAAGAUCGAUGUUGUCAAGCUCAUGAACCGUUUGUGGGGAGAAAACUUCUUCAAUGCCAAGACCAAGAAGUGGGCCAAGGUCAAGGAUGACGACAACAAGCGUUCCUUUGUCAUGUACGUAUUGGACCCCAUCUACAAGGUGUUCGACGCUAUCAUGAACUACAAAGCUGACGAAAUCCCAAAACUGCUUGAAAAAAUCAAGGUUACCCUGAAGCACGAAGACAAGGAUAAGGACGGAAAGAACCUGCUGAAGGUUGUUAUGCGUAGCUGGUUACCAGCUGGCGAAGCUCUACUUCAGAUGAUUGCCAUCCAUCUGCCAUCCCCCGUCGUCGCCCAGAAAUACCGUAUGGAAAUGUUGUACGAAGGUCCUCAUGAUGAUGAAGCCGCUGUUGCCGUGAAGAACUGCGAUCCCCAAGGUCCACUUAUGAUGUACGUAUCGAAGAUGGUACCGACCUCCGACAAGGGUCGUUUCUACGCUUUCGGUCGCGUUUUCGCCGGUAAGGUCGCCACUGGUCAGAAGUGCCGUAUCAUGGGCCCUAACUACACCCCAGGAAAGAAGGAAGAUCUGUACGAGAAGGCCAUCCAGCGUACCAUUCUGAUGAUGGGACGUUAUGUUGAAGCCAUCGAAGAUGUUCCUUGCGGUAACAUUUGCGGUCUGGUCGGUGUUGAUCAGUUCCUGGUCAAGACUGGUACCAUCUCCACCUUCAAGGAUGCCCACAACAUGAAGGUCAUGAAGUUCUCCGUGUCGCCUGUCGUGCGUGUGGCCGUGGAACCAAAGAACCCUGCUGAUCUGCCCAAGUUGGUCGAAGGUCUUAAGCGUCUGGCCAAGUCUGAUCCUAUGGUGCAGUGUAUUAUUGAAGAAUCCGGUGAACACAUCAUUGCCGGUGCAGGUGAACUGCAUCUUGAGAUUUGUCUGAAGGAUUUGGAGGAAGAUCAUGCCUGUAUUCCACUAAAGAAGUCCGACCCUGUUGUGUCAUACCGUGAAACUGUUUCUGACGAAUCCGAUCAGAUGUGUUUGUCCAAGUCGCCCAACAAGCACAACCGUCUGUUCAUGAAGGCUGUCCCCAUGCCCGAUGGUCUGGCUGAGGAUAUUGACAACGGUGAUGUCAACUCCCGUGACGACUUCAAGGUGCGUGCCCGUUAUCUGGCCGAGAAGUACGACUACGACGUCACUGAAGCCCGUAAGAUCUGGUGCUUCGGUCCCGACGGAACUGGCCCGAACAUCGUUGUCGACUGCACCAAGGGUGUGCAGUACCUGAACGAAAUCAAGGACUCCGUUGUCGCUGGUUUCCAGUGGGCCUCCAAGGAAGGCGUGCUCGCUGAAGAAAACAUGCGCGCUGUCCGAUUCAACAUCUAUGAUGUGACACUGCAUGCUGACGCUAUCCACCGUGGUGGUGGCCAGAUCAUUCCAACUGCUCGUCGUGUCUUGUACGCCUCGUACAUUACCGCCGCACCACGUAUGAUGGAGCCCGUCUAUCUGUGCGAAAUCCAGUGCCCGGAGGUCGCCGUCGGUGGUAUCUACGGUGUGCUGAAUCGUCGUCGUGGACACGUCUUCGAGGAAGCACAGGUCGCCGGUACUCCCAUGUUCGUCGUCAAGGCGUACCUGCCCGUCAACGAGUCUUUCGGUUUCACCGCCGAUCUGAGAUCCAACACCGGAGGACAGGCCUUCCCACAGUGCGUGUUCGAUCACUGGCAGAUCCUGCCAGGAGACCCAGCUGAGCCUGGAACCAAGCCGUAUACCGUCGUCCAGGAUAUUCGUAAGCGUAAGGGUCUGAAGGAUGGUCUCCCAGAUCUGUCACAGUACUUGGACAAAUUGUAAACACUUUAUUAUUACAAUAUACAUUUCUUACGAUUAAAAACACUAGAAGAAUGAAGCCUAUCCCAGCUUCAAUCAAACUAAUUUAGACAAACGUAAUUUAUGAAUGUUUACAAAAAAUCCAUUUUACUUUGACACCCUUCGUCAGCCAAAUAUCUGAGCGAGUAAAGGACAAAAGCUUUCCAUCAUCAUUGCUCACUAUUUCAAUUUGCCUGCUCCGUCUUUGUCCUUGGAUUCCUGUGAAUUCGUUGCUGCAACAACACACUCCGUCGUGAGAUACAAACCAAAUUGAGAAGCUCCAAUCAAGAAAUGCAAGCAAACAGUAUGAAAAGCAUCUACCACACAAUAAUGGAAUGAAACAGUGAUAUACACAAACACAAGAGAAUACAGAUGAUGAGUAUCAUGUUAAAAAAAACUGGAACGGAAAAUGCGUGUAGUUUUACUUAACCUUAGUUAUUUGCUCAGUAAAUUUGGAUCAAAUUUAUGGUUUAGACGAGACUUUAUUACAUCUAAUAUAUUUUGACAUACUCAUUCGGUAGAGGAGGUAGGCUUGCAUUUUGUUGUCACUUCCGAUUUUCGGAUGAAACCGGUCAAUAUUAUAUUCGUAUAAUAUUACUCUGCUAUUAAGUAAUUGGAAGAAUGAUAUAAAUUUACAAAACAUUGUUUAUUUUACAUAAAA